UCGUCAAAAAAAUAAAUUGAAAAAAAAAAGAAAAAACUCCCGUCUCGUCGUCUCCGCUCCUUGCGAGUUCGCCCACCGCCGCCGGCGCGCCGAUUUCCAUCUCCCGAGCAAAGCGGGGGGAGGGCCACCGCCGCCGUCGCUGUCGUCCUGCUGCUCCCGCCACAUCCCGAGAUGGAGUCAGUGCCACUAACUGCUGAAGCUAUUGCUUUUACCGAGAAAAAGAUGGACAUGACUUUAGAUGAUAUUAUUAAGAUGUCAAAGAAAAAGAAUCCUGGAGGCAAGAAACCUGCUAGACAACCUAUCAAGAAACGUCCAUUCCAGAAUGACAACACUAAUCAAGGGAAUGCAAAGGUUCAGCGAUUUAUGGAAACUAGAUCGUCCUUAAGACAAGGGGUUCUUGCACAAAGGAGGACAAAUCUGGGUGGAAAUCAGUUCGCAGCUACAAAGCAGGCUGCAAAGAAGGCUGCUACAAUGCCAAUACGUAGCAGGGGUGUCAGAUGGAACAAGCCAAGUGCCCCAUCUAACUCAAUACAGCGGAGGCCUGUAGGACAGGCUUUUCAGAAUGGGAAGGGGAAGGAGGUGCAGAACAAGGCACCAAGGACAAUGGAUGCGCUCUUUGCACAAAUGAAGCAGCAGAGGAUGAGGACCAUUCCACAGCAGCAGACGAAUACUGCCCCUGGCCGGCAGAUUGCCCAGCAGCGGCGUAAUCAGCAACAGCGGCGAGGAAGAGGAUAUGGUGGCCGCAAUGGUGGUAACCAAUGAGUUCAACCACAUCAAAUGUCCUUCAUGGGAGCAUUUUCAGUUCACUGGUUUCUUGGGUGGGAGAAGAACCCCUGGAAUGCUAACUUGGCUUCUUUGUUCCCUUGUAUUGUUAGGAGAGUCGCGGACAGAAUCUUACUGAAGUCUGUAUGCAGUUUUUCUGGUUUCCUAUUUCUGCUUCAGCUUGUAUAAUGUCCGAUGGAGUGUAUGAAAAUUUGCCUUUUUGUGUUACUAGUUGCGAUGUUAUAUUUGGCAUGCUUGUAGAUAGUUAUAGGUUGAUGUGUGCUAUCGGAUUUUACAGUGUCGGUUCAGUUUUUGAAAGUACAGGACCGACUUCUGUGUUAGUUUCA